UGCUAGAUAUAGGAACAGUGGACAGCCUCUGAUUCCUAGCAUCUAGCCGGCCGAAACACGUGGAUUGCCGAGCGCCUCGCAUCGCAUCUGCCAGAUCGAAGCGAUGGCCCUUGCUUGCCAUCUCAACCGGGGAUGCAGGAGUGCAAAGCAGAGGUUCUUUGGACGAGCUGGCGUCCAGGCCGGACCACGUGAUGGCAGCGAGUCGCACCAGAUGAAGCUGCGGGAGUGGAGCACCACAUCGCGAUCUAGAAUCUUCCAGCAAAGGCCGCGCCCCGAAACCUGUCUAUCGUGGCUUGCGAUGGGGGGCGGCGGAGGUGUCGAUCGUGCCUCAAUCGUGAAUGUCAGGAAAAGAGCUCCGGGGCAGAGCCUGACUCAGCGGAAUUUGCUCACAACCGAUCCCCCAUCCAUCCAUCCAUCCAUCCAUCCUUCCUUCCAAGCUUUCCCCCCUCGGAUGCGAACUUGCUUCGCCUGCAUCCCACCAAGCCUCCGUCACUGAUAGAUGUCUCGUGUGGCGUGUCCUCCCAUUCUUUCUGCCUGUCCACCAGUCCAUGCCGCGACAGGAUCGUCCUUGGCCGUCGCAUCAUGGCGGCUGUCAACCGGAACAUGUUUGACGCAAGUGUCACCACCGAUCGCCCGCAGGGCGCACCGCUGAUG